UCAAACUUUUUCAUGGUAUCAGAUCAGGUUUGAAAUUUUUUUUCUUCUACGUUCUUAGCCGAGAGACAGACUUGUGAGAUGACCGAGACGGGCCAAUCGAAGAAGGGGAUGGAUUCUUCAUCGCCUUACUACUUGCAUCCGUCGGAUAAUCCAGGCGCCAUCAUCACGUCAUGUUUGCUGAACGAGGAAAAUUAUGAUAUGUGGGAGAAAGCAAUGAUGAACGCCUUCAAGGCCAAGAACAAGUUAGACUUCAUCAACGGGACCUUGACAAAACCCAAGCCAGAUGAAUCGGAGGCCAACAGUUGGGAGGCGUGUAACUCGAUGCUGAUCUCAUGGAUUUUCAAUUCGAUUGAAAAAUCAAUCUAGUCAAGCGUGGCGUACUUAGAGACUGCAAAGGCAGUCUGGGACGACUUAAAGGAACGCUUCUCGAUUGGGAAUGCACCACGCGUUCAUGAACUCAAAAGCGAGAUCUCAUCGCUUCGACAACAGGGCAUGUCUGUAAUGGCAUAUUACACAAAGUUGAAAGGGAUGUGGGAUGAAUUGAGCAGCUAUUCCAAGAUCCCUACCUGUACCUGCGGUGCGGCGCAAGAGUUUAUCAAGGAACGAGAAGAGGAGAAGCUUCAUCAAUUUCUAAUGGGCCUGGACGAUGCAGUAUUUAGGACGGUGCGCUCUCAAAUACUUAGCAUGGAACCUCUGCCAUCGUUGAGUAGAGCUUACGCGACUAUCACACGUGAGGAGCGGCAUAGAUCUAUUGCACGAGGCCAAGAGGAACGAGUGGAGGGAGUAGCUUUAGCAACACAAGUAGCGGCGAAAGGGAAGAAUGUUGUGCAAAAUAAACAACAAUAUGCUGAAAAAUAUUGCUCAAACUGCAAGAAGUUGGGACAUGAGGUGUCUGAAUGCUUCGAGUUGAUCAGCUAUCCAUCUUGGUUCAAUCGAAAAGGGGGCCGCGGACGUAGGAAAAUUGAAGGCGGACGUGAUCGAGACCAACAAAAUUGGAACACUAGACGGAGUCAAGUCACAGCGGCUCAUGUUCAUCAACCCUCGAGAUCAACUGCUAGUCAUGCAGCCAAUCAGAAAUCUAUACCAGGUCUGUCAAAUGAUCAAUUUCAACGACUGCUGACCUUUUUGGAUCGGCGCGAUGACAGUUUUGAAAAGUUAUCUGGACCAUACCUCGAAGAACCUGAUUGGAGUGGGUGAGCCACGAGGGGGGGUCUACUACUACAAGCUUAUAGAGUCACACAAGGCUAUGAAGGCACAAAGAGUGGACUCCAACACAUUAUGGCAUCGUCGGAUGGGACACCAGUCAAGUCAGAAUUUACAUUUUGUUCCUGAUAUUAGUAGUUUUAAGUCGAAGAAUAAUGAAGCAUGUGAUGCUUGUUAUCGAGCGAAACAGACACGCUCCUCUUUUCCUAUCAGCAACAAUAAUACAGUUAGUUGUUUUGACUUGAUACACUGUGAUUUAUGGGGUCCUUAUCGCAUUACUUCUUCUUGUGGUGCCCACUAUUUUCUUACAAUUGUCGACGAUUGUAGUCGUGCUGUUUGGGUUUU